AUGGCCAAACACAAAAAAGGUUGUCGUGGUGUUGAGGCGAAGGACAUUGGAAACUUCCAGUAUGAGCGACAUGGUAAUUCGCCAGGGAUGGCUCCUCGCCCUGCGGCAUACCGACGGAACAUCGAUCCUGUUGUGCUUAAGCGAGCCUAUAUGUUGCAAAAUUUUCAAUUUCUACUCAGACGUGACGUGCAGGAGAUGAAAACAACGCCAGUCCUUCCACAAGGGCUACGUCGGCUAAAGGAGGCACUUACGUCCAGUGAUGCAGCGCCACCUUGGGACGCUGUUACAGCUGUUGUAGUACGAUGGACAAUGGAGGAGUUUAAUUGCCCAAUAUGUCUUGAGGUUCCAGCAGUUGCACGUAUUGCUGAUUGCGGGCACGUUUUUUGUCUCCCCUGUAUGUUACAAUAUUUAUCCAGACGUAAAGAGGAGAAUAAACAGCGCACUUGUCCCGUAUGCAACAAUAUUGUCACCUUGGGUAUGUUGCGGCCGUGUAUUCUUCGACCUAUUGAACCACCUUGUGUUGGAAAACCUCUGAGUUUUACCUUACUGAGACGUCGGGGAGGAUCAUGUGUUCUGCUACGACAAGACGAUCACCGCUGGAGGGAGCAAAAUUUGCUAGAGGAUGAAUUACCUUUCCCUUCACAAAAUGAACCAUCAGCAACCUUCAGCAGGUAUAUUCUUUCUACAGCGGAGAGCGAAGAGACACAGCGUCGUCUUGAUUGUGUUGGCAUCAUGGAUCAAAUCAAUUCCAUUAACUCCCAACCCAAACCCUUAACCCAAUUCGAUGAUGAGGUUCUGCGCUUUUGCGAAGAAACACUCGCAUUGGUGUUACAGGAUGGGACCCCGCCGGCCUUGCAAACAGGAAUUCGCAAUUCUCCUCCUAUAGCUCCUAAACGUCCUGAGGGUGAUGUGGAUGUGACGUAUGAUGUGUAUGGUGAGUCCAAUGGGCAGCCAUAUUAUCUGCACCCCAUGACGUAUAAAAUGCUACGUGAGGACGCGGCCGCUCGCGGGUCACCGCUAUUAAAUACAGUGGAGGCUCCUGUGGAGGAGAUUGUGACCUUCACCCAGGAUGAGGCAUCACGCAAGCACUACAAGGCCUUCGCUCACGUCCCUCUGCACGGUACUGUGAAGUUAUGCUUACUCGACCUGAGCGAUGUUGUGAUGCCUGCCACACUGUUGCGAUUCGCUGUGAGCCUCGAGCGACUUCGGGAGGCUCGUCGACGACGCGAUGCGGACGGAGGCGGCGACUCUCCAUGGCGCGCAUAUCUUCGUCGCUACGCUCCGCACUCGCAGGCCGCUACCGCUCCCUCACCAGAUUUUGCCCCCUCACCGGACUUUGUCUUUUCAGACUACUCUGGCGGGUCGGAACCGCUGCCGUCGCUCGAAUUGCCAUCAUCAGGUGUGACAGCAUUGAGUGAACCCGGCGGUCUCAGCGGCGACUCCCCUGUCGACACACGACAACGCGCAACGAAGCGCCACGACAACCCCAUCGCCAGCUGCUGGUCGGCGGAGAGUUCACGCCGACUCUUCUCAACACCGCCAGCGCGCCCUGCAGUGCCAACAUGGGGCGGUCAUGUGUUCAAUCCGCAUAAGCCCUCAUCCGCCGGUUCGCGCACCGACAAGCAAGGAAACAAAUAA